GGGAGAGGAGAUAAAACCAGCUAUGGCUACCACUGCCUCUUUAUUUGCUCCAACUGGGUUGUCCCUCAGAGGCAGGGUUAUUGACAGGAGGAUCGGAAAGGGGAGGAGACCUCAUUCAAUCAUGGCCCAACAGGAACAGCAGCAGCUAGAACAAGAAGAAGAAAAGCAGCAGCAAGAACAGCAAGGGACGCUGCCAGAACAGCAGAGGCAGCAGCAGCAACAGCCGAAAGGGCAACCACAGAUGCAGUCGCUGCCACGACAGCCGAUGGCGAAGAGCAAGAACAUGAGCAGAGAAUAUGGAGGGCAAUGGCUGAGCAGCGUCACCCGCCAUGUGAGGAUCUACGCGGCCUACAUCGACCCCAUAACCCAUGUCUUCGACCAGACUCAGAUGGACAAGCUGACCCUCAUCCUCGACCCGAGCAACGAGUUUGUUUGGACCAAUGAGACCUGCCAGAAGGUGUAUGCAUACUUCCAAGAGCUCGUUGAUCAUUAUGAGGGUGCUCCACUUUCAGAGUACACACUUCGCUUAAUUGGUUCAGAUAUUGAGCACUACAUCCGCAAAUUGCUUUAUGAUGGGGAGAUCAAGUACAACAUGAACGCCAGGGUCCUGAACUUCAGCAUGGGAAAGCCCCGGAUGAAAUUCAACAGCAGCCAGAUUCAAAAUGUAAAGUAACAGGCAAACAACUAAAUAGUUUAGGUUGGUUCUGAUAUAAUCUAAGUGUGUACCAUGCAGUUAUGAACUUUAGCAACCAUGAUGUGCCACAAGAUUGCAGAUUGAGCAUUACAUUCAUGAAUCAAAGACUCAUGUGUACAGUAGAUGCUUUACUAUGCACCUCAAAUAUUUACAGAGCAAGAUAAUGAAGAGGAUUUCCAAAUCA